AUGGCUGCCAGCCCAUUUUCCUUGCGACAGCGACAAAUCGGCACAAUUGAGAGAAUCUUAAACUUGAAUCAUGACCCUGUCCGAACAACCGAAUUUGGCAAUGAACUUGCUUCCUCCAAUGGCCUCAUAACACACUCAGCCCCUCUCCUGAAUGAAGAUGGCGAUCCAGUGUGGAAAGUCCUGGUGUUUGAUGAUUUGGGCAGAGAUGUUAUCAGCAGUGUACUACGGGUAAAUGACCUCCGAAGCUGGGGUGUUACUAUUCAUCUUAACAUCAAGUCACGCCGAUAUCCCAUCCCUGAUGUUCCUGUGCUAUAUCUUGUUGAGCCAACCGCUGAGAAUCUACAAGCUGUCACCUCAGAUCUCUCAAAGGGCCUAUAUGCCCCCGCAUACGUCAACUUUCUUUCCUCGGUUCCCCGCCCAUUCUUAGAGGAUUUUGCCUCUCAGAUUGCCUCAACAGGCACUUCAGAAAAGAUAGCCCAAGUUUACGAUCAAUAUUUGAAUUUUAUAGUGGCAGAGCCAGAGCUUUUUAGCCUAGGCAUGAGUAAAGAUACAUACUGGAAAAUCAAUAGCGCACAAACGAAAGACGAAGAGCUUGACAUACUAGUGGAUAAAAUCGUAAGCGGCCUUUUUAGUGUCAGCGUUACCAUGGGGGCCAUCCCGAUCAUUCGAUGCCCAAAAGGUGGGGCGGCUGAGCUUAUUGCUACAAAGCUUGAUCGGAAACUUCGAGAUCAUAUCUUAAAUUCAAAGGACAAUCUUUUCACUGCCGGGAAUCAGAGGGGCCUUGGGGUACCAACGGCCAGACCGGUACUUAUAAUAGCUGACCGAAAUGUCGAUUUGGUUCCGAUGCUGUCACAUUCUUGGACCUAUCAAUCUCUUGUUCAUGACGUGUUAACGAUGCAUCUCAACCGUAUCACCUUGGAAACACCCAUUGAUGAAUCCAGCCCCGAUAAAGGAACCGUCAAACGCUCAUACGAUCUCGCCGCAAACGAUUUUUUCUGGGUUCGCAAUGCAGGAGUACCAUUUCCACAAGUCGCUGAGGAUAUUGAUACUGAGCUCACUCGAUACAAAGAAGAUGCAACUGAUAUCACCAAGAAGACGGGUGCGUCCUCCAUCGAGGAUCUGCAAAACGACACAGCAUCCUCGGCUCAGCAUCUAAAAGCGGCCAUAACGUUGUUACCCGAACUCCGCGAACGCAAGGCUGUUUUGGAUAUGCAUAUGAAUAUAGCCACUUCCCUUCUCAAGGGCAUCAAGGAUCGUCAACUGGAUAAUUUUUUCCAGUUGGAGGAGAAUAUAAGUAAACAGAGCAAGCAGCAGAUUCUAGAAAUCCUCGCCGACCCGAAUCGUGGAAAUAACCCAACAGAUAAGCUUCGACUCUUCCUAAUAUGGUUCCUCAGCAUAGAGUCGGACCUCUCGAGAGCCGAACUUGGUCGAUUUGAAGAGGCAUUAAUGCAGGCCGGAUGCAAGGACAUCAGCUCCCUUGCGUACGUUAAACGUGUGCGCGAAAUAACUCGGAUGACAAUGAUGACUACCUCUACUACUACCCCCCAACAACCCUCCUCUGAUCUCUUUAAGGGGUUUUCGUCUCUCUCGAACCGUCUUACAGACCGUAUCGCAUCCGGCGCCCUUGGCGCAAAUUUCGACUCUCUGAUUUCUGGCGUGAAGAACUUUCUUCCUGUAAAUAAGGAUCUUACGCUCACCAAAAUUACCGAGUCUAUCAUGGAUCCAUCAUCGGCAUCCAGUUCCGCCAUAGCCAAAACCGAAAACUAUCUCUAUUUUGACCCUCGUAGUGCAAAUGCGCGGGGCGCUAUACCUCCUUCUGCAGCCUCGUCGCGAAAUGCUGCGCAAGCUGGGGUGUCGAGCUCCCUCGGGUCUUUAGCACCAGGAUCAACCGCGACUUUUGGCCAGCGUCGGCAAGGGUUUAAUGAGGCAAUUGUUUUUACCGUCGGAGGGGGAAGCAUGGAAGAGUAUGGGAACCUCCAGGACUGGGUGCGUCGGACUGGCGGUGCGGAGACGUCCGGCGGCGGGGCCGGUGGUGGCAGCGGUGGUACGAGUACCGCUACAAACGGCACUCUGCGAAGAAGGGUUGUCUAUGGCAGCACAGAACUCCUGAAUGCGGGUGACUUCUUAAGGGAGGCUUUGGAACCGCUAGGAAAAGAGAGCUAA